UCCCUGCGCUGGCGCUCGGCUGUGGAAAGAUUGAGGUGUUUGUGUGAGGCGAAUAAAACGAUACAAAAUAUGGCUUAAUAUUUAAAGACGAUAUAUUUUAACAUUAUUUAAGAUUGCACUUUAUUGAAAAUAUGUUAAAUAAUAUGAUAUUAUUGUGAUACUUAAUUGUAAAAUACUGAGCGUUCCACAAGGCAAGAAACAAAGAGAUUUACUGUACUUCACGUUUAAGCCGUUCAGACAUCAGUUGAUCUAUAAAUACUGUGAAGAGGACCAAUAAUCAUCUGGUGUCACAACACAUUCAGCUCCUCUACUGUUGUAAUGAUGGAGUGUGUUAAAGAAGAGACUGAUCCUGAAUCAUUCACAAUAACACCUCAACAUACUGAACAACAAACAGGCCUGACAGUAGUGAAAGUUGAAGAUCAACAACAAAAUGAAAUGGAGGAUGAACAUCAGCAACACAAUUUCAUAAGUGAAGAAAGUUCAUUGGGUUCACCUCAAGAAAAAUCAGAAGACAAACUCUCAAAGAGUUUUCCACAGAUAGGACAUUUAAAUAUUCACAUUAAGACUCACACAGGAGAAAUGCCAUACACCUGUCCUCAGUGUGGAAAGUCUUUUACACUAAAAGGAAAUUUUAAGGUUCACCUAAAGUCUCACACUGGAGAAAUGCCAUACAGCUGCCAUCAGUGUGGUAAAUGUUUCAAACAAAAAGGAAAUCUUAAGAUUCACCUAGUGUCUCACACUGCAGAAAGGCCAUACAGCUGCCCUCAAUGUGGAAAGACUUACAAAUAUAAAAGACACCUUAAGGACCAUUUUGUCAGUCACAGAGAUGAGAGACCCUUUGCAUGUCCUCAUUGCGAUAAGACUUGCAUAAGUAAAAACAGCCUUAAGGAACAUUUAGUAACUCACAGUGUUGAGAGGCCAUUUGAAUGCCUUCAGUGUGGUAAAUGUUUUAAACGACAAGGAGCUCUUAAAGAUCACGUAAAGUCUCACACUGGAGAAAGGCCAUACAGCAGGAUAAGUAAAAGUCACUUUGAGGAGGAACGUUUAGUAAGUGAGACAUCCUAUGAAUGUCCUCAGUGUGGUAAAUGUUUCAAACAAAAAGGAGCUCUUAAUGUUCACCUGAAGUCUCACACAGAAGAAAGGCCACACACCUGCCCUCAAUGUGGAAAAACGUACAAACAUAAAAGAGGCCUUAAGCAACAUCUGGCCAGUCACGGAGAUGAGAGACCUUUUGGGUGCCCUCAGUGUGGUAAAUGUUUUAAACGACAAGGAGUUCUUAAUGUUCACUUAAAGUCUCACACUGGACAAAUGCCAUACAGCUGCCCUCAGUGUGGUAAAUUUUUCAAACAAAACGGAGCUCUUAAUGUUCACAUGAAGUCUCACACUGAAGAAAGGCCACACAUCUGCCCUCAAUGUGGAAAGGCUUACAAACAUAAAAGCCACCUUAAGCAACAUCUGGUCAGUCACGAAGAUGAGAGCCCAUUUGUAUGCCCGCACUGCGAUAGGACUUGCAUAAGUAAAAAGCACCUAAAGGAUCAUUUAGUAAGUCACAGCGUUGAGAAGCCAUUUAAAUGCCCUCGGUGUGGUAAAGGUUUUAAGCGACAAGGAACUCUUAAUGCUCACAUGAAGUCUGACACUGGAGAAAUGCCAUACACCUGCAUAAGUAAAAGACACUUUGAGGAGGAACGUUUACUAAGUGAGAUGCCCCUUGAGUGCCCUCAGUGUGGUAAAUGUUUUAACCACAAAGGAAAUUUUAAGGUUCACCUAAAGUCUCACACUGGAGAAAUGCCAUACAGCUGCCCUCAGUGUGGUAAAUGUUUCAAACAAAAAGGAAAUCUUAAGAUUCACCUAGUGUCUCACACUGCAGAAAGGCCAUACAGCUGCCCUCAAUGUGGAAAGACUUACAAAUAUAAAAGACACCUUAAGGAACAUUUUAUCAGUCAUAGAGAUGAGAGACCCUUUGCAUGUCCUCAUUGCGAUAAGACUUGCGUAAGUAAAAACAGCCUUAAGGAACAUUUAGUAAGUCACAGUGUUGAGAAGCCAUUUGAAUGCCUUCAAUGUGGUAAAUGUUUUAAACGACAAGGAGCUCUUAAAGAUCACAUAAAAUCUCACGCUGUAGAAGGGCCUUUCACAUGCCCACAAUUAGACACCAGAAUUUCUCCACAUUCUGGAGAAAUUCCCUAAAAGUGCUCACAUUGUUACAACUACAGACUUACAGAGAAAAGCGCUGACUGCAAAAUGUGAGCAAAAAUCAGCUUCAGUCUUCAGAUCCACUACUUGAAAUAACUUAAUUUUAAUGCAUUACAUAAGUGGUUUCCAACGUGGUGCCCGAGGGCACCAGGUUGCCCACACAGAGUCUGAGGUGCCCACCAAAGAAUAUUCUACUAAUAGUCUCAAUUGUAAUACUUAUUACAUAUUUUUUUACAUUAGCUUGGCUUCUUUUAUGUAUGUUAACAUUUUAAACAAUGAUAAAACAUAUCAACAAGUAAAAUUAAAUAAAAUCAACAAGUAAAACAAAAUCGUUUUAAGUAGACUAUAUCAAAAACUAGCCCUCCGCAUAGUUUUAUCCAUUGUGGUAGCCCUUGCUCACAAAAAGGUUGGAGACCCCUGCAUUACAGUGACUCUUUGCUGAAAUGAGCUGCCAUCCAUCACCUGAUCAUCGUCCGUGACCACCGAAUCCUUCAAAAAAAACUUCUGAAGACACAACUCUUCUGCAUUUAUUGUAUUAUGCACUUAUUUACAACGUUUCACUUUUAACUUUAACAUUGUGUACAAAAUAUUAUUUAUAAGCCUCUCAUUUAUGCUGUUUACUUCUAGUGUCAACACUAUAUUUGUAAGCAUAACUUUGUGAAUAGUGAUUGUUGUUUUUUUGUUUUUUAAAUGUUAAAAAUUCUCCCCAUUCGUAAACUGUUUUGGAUAAAAGCAUUUGCCUAAUAAAUAAUACAA